AUGACCUCGAAUCGUGCCUCUUCCGCCUCCGCCCGUUCCCCCUCAGUCCUAUCUGAGCGUCGGAACUGGAGGAGGUUAUCAGGCUUGUCCGUUACAUCGCCCGCCGAACCGCACCCACCUGUUGACCACGGCCCGCCGGGAAUUACGGAGGAGAUCAGCGAAAUAAAAAGAUAUGAAGACUUUACAACGAUAGAUUGGGUUCAGGAUGCAGUGCACGAACAGGCACGGAGAAGAGCCAAGCGACGGGAAGGGUCUGCUUUCUGGGACCAGGAAGGCACCUUUGGAUGGAGGCGCAAGGUCCGGGAAUCUUACGAUGCGGGACAGGCCUGGCUGGUGAUCACAAUCGUUGGCGCAGCCAUUGGCUUGAACUCGGCUUUUCUAAAUAUCAUCACGGAGUGGUUGUCAGACAUUAAGCUGGGCCAUUGUACCACUGCCUUUUAUCUCAAUGAGCAAUUCUGUUGUUGGGGCUCCGAGGGAGGCUGCCCUGAAUGGAAGCAGUGGACCUCAAUCUGGUUUGUGAACUACGUCUUAUACUUCUGCUUUGCGAUGUUGUUUGCCUUUAUCGCCGCAACUUUGGUCAAAUCAUUCGCCCCAUAUGCCGCAGGCUCCGGUAUAUCUGAGAUAAAAUGCAUUAUUGCUGGUUUUGUUAUGAAGGGCUUUCUCGGCGCAUGGACACUCCUGAUCAAAUCUAUUGCACUGCCUUUGGCUAUCGCCUCCGGUCUUUCAGUGGGCAAAGAAGGGCCUAGUGUACAUUUUGCCGUUUGUACAGGGAAUGUGAUCUCUCGAUUCUUUAGCAAAUACAAGCAAAAUGCGUCGAAGACUAGGGAGGUUUUAACAGCUACGGCAGCUGCUGGUGUGGCUGUCGCAUUCGGUAGUCCCAUCGGUGGUGUUCUGUUCUCACUCGAGGAAAUGGCAUCAUAUUUCCCCCUCAAGACCCUCUGGCGCAGUUACUUUUGCGCUUUAGUUGCGACGAGCGUGUUGGCGGCAAUGAACCCCUUUAGAACCGGGCAACUGGUCAUGUUUCAAGUGCAAUACGACCGUACUUGGCACUUCUUCGAGCUUAUCUUCUUUGUUUUCAUCGGAAUAUUCGGUGGUUUAUAUGGCGCAUUUGUGAUCAAAUGGAAUCUUCGAGUGCAGGCAUUCAGAAAGAAGUAUCUCUCAAUGCACCCCAUCGUCGAAUCAGUGGUUCUUGCUGGCGUAACCGCGCUUCUGUGCUACCCCAAUAUGUUCCUGAAGAUUAACAUGACUGAAAUGAUGGAAAUAUUGUUUCGGGAGUGUGAAGGGGGUCACGAUUACGAUGGUCUUUGCGAGUCGAAGAACCGAUGGCCCUUGGUUUUGUCGCUAUCAGCCGCUACCGUGCUCCGAAUAUUCUUGGUGAUUAUAUCAUACGGCUGUAAGGUGCCAGCUGGAAUUUUCGUUCCAUCGAUGGCUAUCGGAGCAUCCUUUGGUCGUAUGAUUGGCAUACUCGUCCAAGCCUUACAUGAAUCUUUCCCCGAUUCCACAUUCUUUUCAGCCUGUUCCCCAGAUGUUCCCUGUAUCACCCCAGGAACAUAUGCUUUCUUGGGAGCGGGCGCGGCGCUCAGUGGAAUCAUGCACUUGACGAUCUCUGUGACAGUGAUCAUGUUCGAGCUCACUGGGGCUCUGACGUAUAUCCUUCCCACUAUGAUCGUGGUAGGUGUCACCAAAGCUGUCGGGGAUCGGUUUGGCAAUGGUGGAAUCGCGGACCGGAUGAUUUGGUCAAACGGGUUCCCUUUCUUGGAUAAUAAGGAAGAUCACGUCUUUAAUGUUCCUGUUUCCCAAGCCAUGACGGUCGAACCUCUAUCGCUGCCUGCUUCCGAUUUCCCUGUACGGGAGGCCGAGCAUCUCUUGAGUGACAACAAAUUCCAAGGCUUUCCAAUUGUUGAAGACCGAACGUCCAAGACUCUGGUAGGCUAUGUUGGCCGUACAGAGCUCCGCUAUGCGAUCGACCGCGCCCGGAGCGAGGGCAUGCUUUCACCCAAUGCCCGUUGUGUAUUUACCAAAGAAGCGGCUGAAGCCUCGGUGGCGCGCAGGGCCUCCGUCUCGACGAGUCGCUUAGCCCCCGACACUUUCGACGCUAUCCAGUCGAGCUCGGGUGCAAGACACGUGGAUUUCAGCAGGUAUGUCGACCAUACACCGCUGACUGUGCAUCCCCGCUUGCCUCUCGAGACCGUGAUGGAGAUCUUUAAAAAGAUGGGACCGAGAGUCAUCUUGGUCGAACAUCGUGGCCGACUGACGGGCCUCGUAACCGUCAAGGACUGCUUGAAAUAUCAAUUCAAGGUAGAGGCGGAGGAGCAUGUGCUGGCUGCCACCAGUGCAACCGAGGUGCCCCUCGGAGGACACCUUCACAACGGAAGAGCUGGCGAUACACUUGAGGAACGGGUGUGGAAGUUCAUUCAACACUUGAGCGGUAAAGUGCCCUGGUGGCAAAGAACCGGACAAGACGUGAGGUCCACCUCAACAGAGAACAGAGAGCAAUCUGGUAUCUUGGAUGGAACGGAGGAAGACGAUGGAUUCGUUGAGUUGGAGGAGAGAGAUAGACGUUGA